AUGACGCUGAUGGAGGUCACCAUGAGAAAGUGAGAUGGGCUGUCCGGCCUCUGGACCCCGCAGUCCCCAUCCCCUGGUCUGGAGUCAGAGCCGGGGCUAAAGACAAAGCUGUGAUGGAUGAGGGUAAAGUGUUUUCUGAGGCCGGAGCAGCAGUUUGGACUGAAACAGAAGCAGGAGUCCGUGUUGGGACAGAUGGCAAUAUUUUCGCAGGGGCUAGAAUUAUGACAGGAACCUCGACUGAAGUUGGGGCUGAAUGGAGUCCCACGGAUGCUAAGGGGGGUGGUCUGCCAAUGAUGCCCAGGAACCUUGCAGCUUUUGUGGGGCCACAGAGCCUGCAGACACGUGGAGAGGGCCAGAGAGAGCAGGCAGCCCCUUCCAUUCUGGCAGAGACACCAGUGCUAGGAAAACCUUUAGGACUGCUGUCUAAAGCUGCUUGGUCCAGAAGCUCCUCUUCAUCCCCAUCCAAGGCCUCCUCGUCCUCCUCCUCAUCUGCAACAAAAACAUCCUCUUUGCCAUCCUCCUCCUCUGCAGCCAGCAAAACAGAGAGUGAGACGGCAAGAUCAGAGAAUGUCUCUCUGGUUGGUGUCAACAGUAACUCCUCCAGCAGCAACAGCAGCUCCACUUCAGAGGAGUCCGUGAGCAGCCGUCCAGCCUGGGAUCUCCCCACCGUCCCCGAGUCGCUGCUGUCCACCGUGGGCGACCACGACGUCACACUUCCUUCCAACAUCACCAGCCCCUUCUCCACCCACCAGUGGAACACCACCACUCCGGCGCACACCAGAAACACCUCACGGCUGACGACCACAUCAACUAGCAUCAUAACCACAUCUCUACCACCAACAACCACCAACUCAACUCUACCGUCAUCCACCACAGCACAAACACCAAGGGCACCGACUGAAACCACCAGCCAGGACACUGUGACCAACGAGAGCCUCCAGCUGACCACAGUAACCACGACGACGCCCAUAACGACCACCGCUGAGGUGAUGACGACAAUGGUGCCAACCACUGGGAGCGCAUCAACAGAAUCACCAAAUACAACCGCCACUACAACCACGCAGCAAACCACAAGCCUCAAACCCACCACAGUGACUACAACCGAGCCUACAACCACCACGACAACCACACCUGCCCCCCCCACCACCACUACUACUACUUCAACGGUCGCCCCAACUACUACCACCACCACCACUACUACCACCACCCCUCCUCCAACCACGACCACUAUUCCUGCACCUACUACUACUGUCGCCACCACAACUUCUACUAUUACCACUACAACCACAACCACAGAGGUUCCCACCACCACUGUGUUCAUCCCAAUCGAGACCACGCCCCCUCCAACCACGACCACUGAACCCCCGUCCAACACCAGUCCAGAAGAAAGUCCACUUCCAUGCAACGUGACGGAGAAAUACUGGGUCAGAACAGUUCUCUCCAUUGAGCUGCGUAGGAACCGCCUGGAUCUGAUCCUGAAACAGAAUCUCUCUAAAGGACUGAGCCACGCCCUGCAGAGAGCACUGAACGACUCCACAGCCUACGCCCAGGGCCUAGAGCAUGCACACUCACGUUUUCCUUAA